AUGUACGCACCUUCCAAAGCGAUCUCGGUGCAGGUCAGACGGCCAUCCGACUGCUGUGCGCAGAGCUGCGAAACGCCAGACCCUCGCUCGCUGCAGUGUCGCCAUCGUGUUCGUGGAAGAUUAGAUGAUUUCGUAGGUGUCAGCGAUCUGAUCGAGUCGUACAAGGCUAAGGUUGCUGAGUCGAAAACUUCUCCACCGCCGAAAAAGUUGACGCUGCGCCUUAAAUUUUGCCGUUCUUCUCUGCAUGUCACACGCCACGACUUCUCAUUGACCACCACCAAAUCAACGGUCAAUCUCGAUCCUACACUUGACCGAUAG